AUGCCUCCGACUCCCAGCAACCUCCUAGCCGUCCCUUUACCUCCUCCUUUCCUCCUCCCUCGCUCUCUUCUCCGAAAACCUCUCGCCGGCUGCUCACAGAAACGGACGUUUGGCAUCAAAUCAAUAGAACCGCAACCUAAACACAACCCUUACAAUGUGGUGUCCGGCAUUAAGCCGCUCCUAUCAUCGCAAGCUGCAGCCUACGAGCGCAGAAUAAAAUCCGACACGCUUCCCUUACGAACCGGAGCUCUAGCCAUCAAAAAGGGCAUGACCGCAAUAUAUGACGUUGAGACGGGGAAGAGGAUACCUUGUACCGUUCUACAAUUAGACCGGAACGAGGUGGUGAGCCACAAGACGCGGAAACAGCAUGGCUACUAUGCUGUCUGUGUGGGCAGUGGGUCGGUCAAUCCCAAAAACGUGGCCAAGCCAAUGCUGGGCCAUUUUUCCGUGCAAGGCGUCAGCCCGAAACGGCAUCUGCAGGAGUUUCGUGUCAGAGGUCGGGAUGGUCUCUUACCUGUUGGCGAGGAGAUCCGGGCGAAUUGGUUUAUGGAGGGCCAAUUCGUGGACACCCGCUCGAACUGCAAAGGAAAGGGUUUCGCAGGCCCCAUGAAGCGAUGGGGGUUCCACGGUCAGGAUCGAAGUCACGGUCAAUCCCUCAGUCACCGAUCCCAUGGUUCGCUGGGUCAAGGACAGGGUGGUGGUAGUCGUGUGUAUCCUGGUAAGAAGAUGGCGGGGAAUAUGGGAGGUCAGCGGAAUACGGUGCAGAACCUGAAAGUACUGCAGACCGAUCCUGAGAACGGCAUUGUGGUUGUCAAUGGUGCCGUGAGUGGUCCCAAGGGCUGUGUGGUCCUGAUUCAAGAUGCUCUGAAGAAACCCUGGCCUCAAGUGCCGGAUGCUCCGAAACCAUCGGAAGUCAAUGCAGAGCUGUGA